AACCAUUCCCAGCUCUUCCCCCCUCUCUCUCUCUCUCAGCCUCUCUCUCUCUCUCUUUCUCUCUCUCUCUUCCUCGCUCCCUCUCUUUCUCUCCUCCCUCUGCCUUCCCCGUGCAUAAAGUCUCCGUCGCUCUUGGAACUUGUUGGCAAUGCCUAUUUUUCAGCUUUCCCCCGCGUUCUCUAAACUAACUAUUUAAAGGUCUGCGGUCGCAAAUGGUUUGACUAAACGUAGGAUGGGACUUAAGUUGAACGGCAGAUAUAUUUCACUGAUCCUCGCGGUGCAAAUAGCGUACCUGGUGCAGGCCGUGAGAGCAGCGGGCAAGUGCGAUGCGGUCUUUAAGGGCUUUUCAGACUGUUUGCUCAAGCUGGGCGACAGCAUGGCCAAUUACCCGCAGGGCCUGGACGACAAGACAAACAUCAAGACCGUGUGCACAUACUGGGAGGAUUUCCACAGCUGCACGGUCACAGCCCUUACGGAUUGCCAGGAAGGGGCGAAAGAUAUGUGGGAUAAACUGAGAAAAGAAUCCAAAAACCUCAACAUCCAAGGCAGCUUAUUCGAACUCUGCGGCAGCGGCAACGGGGCGGCGGGGUCCCUGCUCCCGGCGCUCCCCGUGCUCCUGGUGUCUCUCUCGGCAGCUUUAGCGACUUGGCUUUCCUUCUGAGCGCGGGGCCGGCUCCCCCCGCGCGCCCACCCACACUCACUCCAUGCUCCCGGAAAUCGAGAGGAAGAUCCAUUCGUUCUUUGGGGACGUUGUGAUUCUCUGUGAUGCUGAAAACACUCAUAUAGGAUUGUGGGAAAUCCUGAUUCUCCUUUUGAUUUCGUUUGAUUUCUUGUGUUUCAUUUGCCAAACGUUACCGAUCAGUGAGCAAGCAAGCACAGCCAAAAUCGGACCUCAGCUUUAGUCGGUCUUCACACAAAAAUAAGAAAACGGCAAACCCACCCCAUAUUUUUUUUUAAUUUUUAAUUUUUAUUUUUGGCACAAGAAUCUCAGGAACGGCCCUGGGCCACCUACUAUAUUAAUCAUGUUAAUACAUGACAAAUGAUGGGCUCCUCCUAAUAAGAAAGAGAGGAGAGGAGAAGGCCAGGGGAAUGAAUUCAAGAGAGAUGUCCACGAGGAAAGCAUAUGGUGAAUAACUCACGCUCACGUCUUUCUUCCACAGUAUCUUGUUUUGAUCAUUUUCACUGCACAUUUCUCCUCGAGGAAAGUGAAAGGACAGAUUGUUGGCUUUGUGGUUUAAGGAUAGGAGGGAGAGAGGGAAGGGAUUGAGGAAAUCUCGGGUGUCUAGGUAAAGGCUUCCAGAAGAAUCGCUGCUAAAGUCACUGAGAGGUUAAGCUUUACCUGCUGUUGUCGAUGCAUCUUUCCAAGUCCACUGCCUUUAUUUUCCCUCUUGUUUUAGCUGUUACACAUACUGUAAUACCUGAAUAUCCAACGGUAUAGAUCACAAGGGGGGGGGGUGUUAAAUGUUAAUCUAAAAUAUAGUUAAAAAAAGAUUUUGACAUAAAAGAGCCUUGAUUUUAAAAAAAAAGAGAGAGAUGUAAUUUAAAAAGUUUAUUAUAAAUUAAAUUCAGCAAAAAAAAAGAUUUGCUACAAAGUAUAGAGAAGUAUAAAAUAAAAGUUAUUGUUUGAAA